AUGACAUGUCACCUGCCCAUGAAGGAACAAGACGACAGCGUCCACUGGAUUAAAGAUAUGUUUCACUGGAAAAACCCUGAAACACAAAACAACGACCUGACUGAUGCAAUCCUGAAACAUGUGGAUCCACUGACUAACUGUGUGAGGUACUACACCCCCAGGGGGCGCUUCGUGCACGUCUCCCCAGCCGGCCCUCGCUCCGAUUGGGCCAACGACUUUGGCGAGCCCUGGUGGAAGGAUCGACGCUACGAGGUGGGACUGCUGACGACUAAAGCCAGGUGGAUACGAGUCAUCAACGUGCAGACGUCACAGGAGCAGCAGCUGCAGGUGUGUUCAGAGGAGACUCUGGACGAGAUCCUCCAGCGUUACCUACGCUACAACUCUCACGCCCGUAGCUACAGCUGGAAACAUGAAGGAGUAAGUCUGGACAUGAGCAGGACGCUCAGUGAAAACAACGUCCCUGAUGAAGACCACAAGCUCGAGGAGCUGCGACUGGACAGCGACCUCUUCAUCACCGCCAUCCUCCUCCACUUCAGUGAUGACCUCACAGAGGGGUGACCUCUGACAUCAUGAGGGCCCAGUGGACAGGUGUGACAUCACAACACGCGUGUCACCUGACAGGAAACUGAACUGCAGCUGUGAGAAAAGUAAAUAAAUAAAAAUUAAAAGAGA